AGAGAUCUCGCCUUUUGUGCAAAAACAAAGCCCACACGAGGUAGAAGGGAAGCUGUAGCGUUCUAAAUUACACCAUUGCGUUGCUCGCGCCCGGCUGCAGUCGCUGGAAACAACGAUCAUGCCAACCCUCGUGCCAGCCUCCCCCAGCAGCAUAGACGUGGACGACGACGACUCGGACGCGCCGCCGUCGCCGCCGCGGCGACGGCACCAGCUCGACCUGCAAUCGACCGGCGAGAUCGCGGCACCGACGACGCGGCGCGACGUCUGGGUGGUCGCCGCCACGACGGUCGGCAACGCGCUCGAGUGGUACGACUUCGCGCUCUUCGGCUUCCUCGCGCCGGAGCUCGCCACGAAGUUCUUCCCGCCAAAAAAGCAUUUGAACUCGGCGCUGCUCGAGACGUUCCUCGUGUUUGGGGCCGCGUUCCUGGUGCGCCCGGUCGGCGGCCUCGCGAUGGGUGCGUUCAGCGACCGGCACGGGCGGAAGCGGGCGCUCCAGCUAUCGGUAAUAGCGAUGAGCGGCGCGACGGCGUCCAUCGGGCUGCUGCCGACGUACGCGGUGGCCGGGUCGCUCGCGACGUGCCUGCUCGUGCUCUGCCGGCUCGUCCAGGGCCUGUCCGUGGCCGGCCAGCUCACGGGCGCGCUCGUGUACCUCGUCGAGUCGGCGCCGCCAGGCCACGAACACCUUUUUGGAAGUCUAGCCUUCGCGUCGGGCAACGCCGGCACGAUGCUCGGCGGCGUCGCCGUGGCCUUCGUGCAGACGCGCGCGGGCCAGGACGCCUUCGCCGGCCACGGCUGGCGCUAUCCCUUCCUGCUGUCCGCGUUUUUGGGGUGGGGCGGCUACUACGUCCAGAGCUACGCCGAGGAGUCGCCUGAGUACCUCGCCGUCGUGGAGGGGCCCCAACAGACGGAGGACGGACCGCGGCGGAGCCAGCUCGAGCUCCAGCGGACCGGCGAAAUUCCAGGAAGGGACGAGGCCGUCGACGCCGUCGAAGCCGUCAAGCGCUCGGGGCCGAAGGUCGCCGCGCUCGCGGCGGCCUGCAUCCUGUCGCCGGCAGCUUUCUACGCGUUUUUCGUAUUCGCGCCGGCGUUCUACCCGCUGCCGCAGGCGACGCUCCUCGCGACGCGGUGCCUCCUCCUGAGCGUGCUGGCGAUGCCGCUCGCGGGCGCGGCCAUCGACGCGCGGCGCGCGACGCACGGCGACGACGUCGCGGCCGAUACCGCGGCGGCGGCAGCGCUCGCCCUGGGCGUGGCGUCGCCGGCGAUCUUCGCGUGCCUCGCCUCGAAGAACGCGCACGCGGCCGCGCUGGGUUUGGCGGUGGCCGCCUUCGUGCACAGCGCGUUCAACGCGGCGCUGGCCGGCUGGCUCGUGCGGGCCUUCGACCCGCGGGCGCGGGGCGCGGUGCUCGGCCUCGCGUGGAACGUCGCGGCGGCGCUGGUCGGGGGCACGGCGCCGGCGUUUGCCGUUCUGUUAAUAGAGGUGACGGGCUCGGACGUCGCGCCGGGGUUUUACAUCUCGGUCCUCGCGAUGCUGGCCGUCGGCGGCAUCCGGGCGCUGCCGCGAGCGCCGCCUGUCACCAACGCGGUGGAGGCGAGGUAUACGGACGCCGCUGCGGCCGCGCCGCCUUCGUCGGUUGUCGUGUGAGUAACAAAACAUACAAGUCCUAUCCUGUCCUGUCCGACGACCGAAAUACGCCCUCUCGGAUGGCCUAGGGCGCGGCGCGGCUCCUCGCGCGGAUAGACAAAACAGGUUUUCACCCACAAAUUUGCCCAAGUGGGGCACCGCGCCCGGUCGUGGCGCCGUCAAUUCAGUGAUCGCCAGUACUAUUUCAUUGUCCUGACG